AAUGGUUUCUACGUCAUAUAUGGUGCACUAUAUAUCCAAUAGGGAGCGAUUCGGUAUUCAGCUGUAGGUCCUAUUGUCUCGUUUCCUGUGGCUGGUCACUUGUCCACUUGCCUUGGUUUGGCCCAGACUAGCUGCACGCACGCACACACACACACACACACACACACACAGCGCUACCAGGAGCAGAGUAACGGUUUCUAACAGUUCACUGCUCUUCAGCAGUAAGAGCAAACAUAGCAUUAGUUCCCCAGUCUUUAACUCUACAUCAUGCUUUGUGCACUUCUGGAAGCUUCAGUCGAACUGUAGUCUUUUCUCAAGAGCUCACUUUUUUCAACAACUUGAAAACAACAUGAAAGAAGUGGAGCAGAGAAAACAAAAAGUGACCAUCUAUGUGCUGUAAAGAUGAUGAGAGCUCAUUUCAGUAGCAUUCAGUGUGUGUCAAUGAUGGGCUGGGAACUACGUUGCAGCCAACACACUUUCUGACAGCUGGGAAUUCGCCAGAAGCAAACCUCCCCCGCUGUCCGCUGAUGCCACAAUGGCAAGUCUGGCUCUUAACGAGACUGGGCUGGAGGACUGUGGCAUUGACGACUCCUUCAAGUACAACUUGUACGGUGUAGUGUACAGCAUCGCCUUUGUGUUGGGCCUCAUCACCAACUGUGCAUCACUCUUUGUUUUCUGCUGUCGUAUGAAGAUACGCAAUGAGACCACUCUCUUCAUGACCAACUUGGCAUUAUCAGACUUGAUAUUUGUAUUUACUCUACCGUUUAAAAUCUAUUAUAACAUCAGGCGCCACUGGCCAUUUGGCGAUGGCCUGUGCAAGAUCUCCGGAGGAGCCUUCAUCACCAACAUCUACGGCAGCAUGCUCUUCCUCACCUGCAUCAGUGUGGACCGCUUCCUGGCCAUAGUUUACCCCUUUAGAUCUCGCUCCAUCCGCACUCGCCGCAACGCUGCCAUUGUGUGCGCUCUGAUCUGGUUGUUGAUCCUGGGUGGAGGCAUGUCUGUGACCUUCUUCUCUGCAACCAACCAGGCCAAAACCAUCACCACUUGCUUCGAGGGCUUCUCCAAGAAAACCUGGAAGACUUACCUGUCCAAGAUCACCAUCUUCAUCGAGGUAGUGGGUUUCCUCAUUCCGUUGCUCAUCAACCUGGCCUGUUCCUCCAUGGUGCUACGAACACUGCGUAAGCCGGCUACACUCUGCCAAAUUGGCACCAACAAGAAACGUGUAUUGCGCAUGAUCGUGGUGCAUUUAGCCAUCUUCAUUGUCUGCUUUGUGCCGUAUAACUCUGUUCUUUUUGUUUACGCUAUGGUGCGCACCCAAGCCUUGGCAAGCUGCUGGCUCGAACGAUUGGCACGAACUCUUUAUCCUGUAACGCUCUGUGUAGCCACCCUUAACUGCUGCUUUGAUCCAGUGGUAUACUACUUCACCUCAGAGUCUUUUAAGAAGUCUCUGACCACAGGGAAAUGUCAGUCUAAGCAGGAAAGUACACCGCGCACUGAAGGGCCUGUAUCUAGCAAAGACACAGAGACUGAAAAAGUAGAAGCUAACAGAGUGGCCAGCAAUGGAAAAGAACAGGUCACAGAGACUCAGUUUUGAGUGGACAGAAUAUACAACACCACCAGUGUCCACAUUUAAUAGGAGCUUUGCUAAGGUCCGUACCAGGCUUAGCUCUAAGGAUUUUGCUCAGCCAGAGGAAAUGUUUGGAAUUUGAACAUUCUGACCGAAGCCUUCACCCUCUCAGGCUGAAUGGUUAUAACUAUCAAUAUUUAAAUUUGACUGUAAAGGUCCAACACUGUUUUAUGUCUCUCAGUUUAUGGGAACAAUGUAUGUUGAAUAAAGUGGCUCCACACAAGUAGUGCCUAAUGGGAUAUUAAUAGUUAUAUUUAGUCGAUCAGCAAAGUGACAUACUGUUCUAAUUGUUUUAAAUAUAUCCAGUCCUAUUCAAGUUUUCUAGAGCUGAACACUGUUUUUUUUUUGUUAAAAAAUUAAUUAGCACUCCUAACUUAACUGAUAGAUAUGUACACAUGAACAAUGUGCCACUGUUAACCGCUAACCAUUUAAAUAUGUUGGUGUGCACUUACAUGCACGCAUGCACUGAAUGUGAUGUUCCUUAUUUUUAUAUUAUAAUAAAUGUUUUUGUAUGAAAGAUAGGAUUGAAGAACAGUCAGCUCCUAACAAACAGCACUUUUACAUGUGGGAUCUCUGAAUGUCUUUUUACUGUAGAUGCAGGUUAUCAGGCAAUUAAAAUGUUUAAGACUGA